ACACUGAGCUGGAAGAUGCUAUCCGGUCCGGGUGGAGGAGAUGACGUCAGGAGCUGGGGCUGGCUGGGGCCUUCUGUAGCCCUGGGGACGUUGUAUCUGCGGGCCCUCAGAUCGCGUCACAAGUCGGCGACUGAGCCUUGGCGGUGGUGGCCGAGGCGGCGAAGGCGGCAGCGGCGGCGACAGCUCUGGGGUUUGCGUCUCGGGGUGUGUCGGCCGCCGCUGCUGCUUGGGCCUGGUAUGUACAAAUGGCUGGUUAGGAUUCUCGGCACCAUUUUCCGUUUUUGUGACCAGACGGUGCCCCCUGCCCGGGCCCUCCUGAAGAGGCGGCGCUCGAACAGCACUGUGUUUUCUACAGUGGACACUGAUGAAAUACCUGCCAAAAGACCAAGAUUAGAUUGCUUUAUUCACCAAGUGAAAAGCAGUCUCUACAAUGCUGCCAGCUUAUUUGGAAUUCCCUUCCAGCUGACCACAAAGCCCAUGGUGACUUCUGCUUGUAAUGGAACAAGGAAUGUGGCCCCUUCAGGAGAGGUAUUUUCGAACUCUUCAUCUUGUGAACUGACAGGUUCUGGAUCCUGGAACAACAUGCUGAAACUGGGUAAUAAAUCUCCUAAUGGAAUAAGUGACUACCCAAAGAUCAGAGUGACAGUAACCCGAGAUCAACCUCGCAGAGUUCUGCCAUCCUUUGGUUUUACUUUGAACUCAGAAGGCUAUAGUAGAAGACCAGGUGGCCGUCGACAUAACAGAGGCAAUUCAGAGAGCUCCUUAAUGUGGAAACCUCAGGAACAGGUUGUAACAGAAAUGAUUUCUGAAGAGAAUGGCAAGGGCCUGAGACGUCCCCACUGUACUGUGGAGGAGGGUGUUCAAAAAGAGGAAAGAGAGAAGUACCGAAAGUUAUUGGAGCGACUUAAAGAAAAUGGCCAUGGAAACUCUGUUCCACCUAUAACUUCAACUCAUCAUAGUUCUCAAAGAAGUCAGAUGGACACUCUUAAGACCAAAGGCUGGGGGGACGAGCAGAGUCAUGGAGUCAGAACAACUCAGUUUGUUCCAAAACAAUAUAGAGUUGUUGAAACAAGGGGACCUCUAUGUUCAGUAAGAAGUGAAAAGAGGUGUUCAAAGGGGAAAAUUUCUGAUACAGAGAAGACAGUUGGAAUCAGACUUGACAAUGAAGGUAGGAGGGGGCACCAGCUAGAACCGGACCUGUCUGAAGAAGUGUCAGCCCGACUCCGCCUGGGCAGUGGAAGCAAUGGCUUACUGAGGAGGAAAAUGGCAGUUCUUGAAAGUAAAGAAAGACAUUGCUCAGGCAAAGAGAGGGAUAAAAGGACGGAUGAUCUUCUUGAACUUACAGAGGACAUGGAAAAGGAAAUCAGUAAUGCCUUAGGCCAUGGCCCACAGGAUGAGAUCUUAAGUAGUGCUUUCAAAUUGCGAAUCACUCGAGGAGAUAUCCAGACCUUAAAGAAUUAUCACUGGCUCAAUGAUGAAGUCAUUAACUUUUACAUGAAUCUUCUAGUGGAAAGAAAUAAAAAACAAGGCUUUCCGGCACUUCAUGCAUUCAGUACUUUCUUCUAUCCUAAACUAAAGUCUGGGGGUUACCAAGCAGUGAAAAGAUGGACCAAAGGGGUCAAUCUCUUUGAACAGGAGCUAAUUCUGGUGCCUAUUCAUCGGAAGGUACAUUGGAGCCUGGUGGUGAUAGAUCUAAGAAAAAAGUGUCUUAAAUAUCUGGAUUCUAUGGGACAAAAGGGCCACAGGAUCUGUGAACUUCUCCUUCAGUAUUUACAGGAUGAAAGUAAGACCAAAAGAAAUAUUGAUCUGAAUCUUCUCGAGUGGACCCAUUACAGCAUGAAGCCACAUGAGAUUCCUCAACAGUUGAAUGGCAGUGAUUGUGGAAUGUUUACUUGUAAAUAUGCAGAUUAUAUCUCUAGGGACAAACCCAUCACAUUUACUCAGCACCAGAUGCCUCUCUUCCGAAAGAAGAUGGUGUGGGAAAUCCUUCACCAGCAGUUGCUGUGAGAAUGCCCCGCCUGGUCCCUCUAGCUGCUGGUGGUUCUUUCAUGAACAGACAUUUCCAUAUACCUCAUGCAUUGUGGGUUCAGAAGUCCCUGCAUCACCUCUUUUUUCUCACAGGUACUGAGCUGUUGAGUGCAUGAAGGUCUCUCACUGCACUUGAUGUGCAGGGAGGCUGCUUGCAACCCUGUCUGUAAGGCUGUGCCUGCUCAGAGCCUUGGACUGUUAAGCCCACAAAAGAACAAACUCUAAUACUUUUUUUUUAUUAAUAUUUUUUUCCCUAUGAAUGUGGGAAAUGCAGGAUUUAUUCUGUGAUUUGUUUUUUGUGUGUUUGUUCACGUGUAUUCAUUCGAUGCUCACUCAUUCGCAAACGAAAUGGGCAGUGGCUAUUCUCUGCUGCUCUUUUAUAAUUAGCUCUGAAUGACUUGUUUGAACUAUUUAUUUCUGAAAAGAAUGUUAAUCAAGCACCACUCCCUGCUGAAGAUAAGAAGGGAAUCAGUUGGGGGAGGAAGGAAGUGUUAAUGAACUCUGAUGCUGGAGCAGUAACUGCCAACCUGAAGCUGGAAGCUUGAAGAUCCAGCGGAGUGGUGGUGGCGUCGGCCCUUCUAUGCGAGGAAGUCUGACACCACCGCCUUGCGCCAUGUUGUGGAAAAGUGAAAUUGUGGCCCAGGGAAUUCUGGCUACCCGAGCAUCUUCAGAAGAGUGUCCUGGUCAUCCUAAAGAGACUUCCCUUUCUGGAAAUGAGGUGACUUGGCUGCUCUUGAAACUGGAUUUGAAGUAACCAUAAACCCUAAAUCUUCAUUUACAUCCCAGAUCUAGUUAAGUGUAAGCGCAGGAUUGUAAAGAUGGGCCUGAGAUGUUUAUUUCAAAAGAUACUCUUCAAUUUAAAGCUAUUUUUCCUCAAAGUUUUUUUUUUUCUAUAUAUAAAAGCCAAAAUUAAGUUUUAUACUCAUUAGGAUUUACAUCCUUCCCAUUUCACCCCUUCUGAAAUUUGUGGAAGAAAAUUUAGUACUUGGCUUUGAGGUUGCCAGUUAUACAAUAAUCUAUUUUGCAUAAGAAAGUUUGUAUUUAACUUUUUGUUCAUUAAAAACCUUACAGAUGUGGUUAUGUAUUUUUAAUUUCAGAAAGUUUAGAGUUGGUCAGAACAUAUUUUGCAAGAUCUAGUGCCUAGUGUUGCUUUUCCAAUGUAAUAAAAGGUUGUCUGGCAGAACCUGAAAA